CGGACGUGGUCGGGCACGUCGCGCCGGUGGCAGGAACAUAGAGUCGUUAAUUACAAAAGUAAGAGAAAGUGAAACAGAAAAAUGGCGACUUCAAAUAUAACAGACAAAUACGUAUUUAAUUUUAAAGAGCAAUGGGAAUUCGUAGACAGAUGGCCUCUAAUGAGCUCACCAUGGCCCAUGCUGUUUAUUACAGCCUCGUAUCUCCUCUUCGUAUUCAAACUUGGCCCAGCAUACAUGAAGGGCAAACAACCAUAUAAUCUAAAAAACAUUAUCUUAGUUUAUAAUAUUGUACAAGUCUUCGUUUCCUGCUAUAUCUCUCAAUAUGGAGUCCAAACUAUAAUGAAUAAGGGACUUCUAGAGUGGAAUACUUGCUGGUUUCAUUCUGAAACGUUUCGAUAUGUGGUUGGCAAAGGUCACUAUUACUACUUCCUAGCGAAACUUUCAGAACUUUUGGACACAGUUUUCUUCGUGCUUCGAAAGAAAUGGAAUCAAGUUUCCUUCCUUCACGUGUAUCACCAUACACUGAUGUUCAUUGGAACGUGGGUGACCUUGAAAUACGAACCAUCCUACAGUCUGUUUUUACUAGGAACCGUGAAUUCCUUCGUACAUAUUAUUAUGUACGCUUAUUAUGGGAUGGCUGCAUUCCCCAGUUUGAGAAAGUAUUUGUGGUGGAAAAAGUAUAUUACGAAAAUGCAAUUGAUUCAAUUCGUGGCCGUCAUGAUUCAUAUCCAAAUAAACACGACUCUCACACAAUGUCGACUUUCCUACUUCUUAUUAACAUUGAUCUGGUCCAACUUCUUUCUAUUCCUAUAUUUGUUCGGAAAUUUCUACGUCAACAGCUACAUCAAGAAGAGGAAUGACGAAAAAAAUGAGAAAAACAAUUUCAGUAAACACAACGCAUUGAAUAGUGAUACAAAUAAAAACAAUAAUUUAAUAAAAACAUCUGUUUCAAAAAAGUAAUAAUCCUGACCAACGACUUCAAUCUAUAGACAAGAGCAUUCACAGCAACUUCAUGUUCCAGACAGCUCCAAAUAAAACACUAUCAAUAGGGUAGUGUGUUCUUUUAGUGUUGAAUGUUGUCAAAGAGUAUCAGUACCGUAGUACCGUGAAUAGACGUACAACACAUUCCAUUUUGCUUUGACCCAGAGGCCUUCCGCUUACAAUUUAUAAUUCUAUACUUAGAAUAAUAACGCAUAGAAACCUAGACCGCACACGCUGAGGCAAAUUGAAGCGCUCCCAAAGGGCCUACACGAGCGGGCGGGCCGUCAAUGCUCAAGGUCAACUUGCACCG